CAAGUUAGACCAAGUUUUACCUAUAUAUAUACACUCUUCCUUACAUAUUUCUCUGCAUAACUCUUUUCUUCAACAAAUCUUGAUUUUAUUUCUUCAUCACAAAGUCUCCAAGCUAGUUCUUGAAUCAUGACCGCUCCUUACGAAUCAUCAUGGGCCGAUCAAUGGGACAACGGUCCUGAUCCCGUCUACGAUGAUCAGAACAAGAAAAACAGCAGCAGCAACAACAACACAAGCAAAUACAAGCAGAAGGUAGGAGAAGGGUUUGAAAAAACUAAAGCAGUGGCUUCAACUGGUGUGAAGAAGGUUAAAGAAGGGACUCUUACUGGUUUUCAUUGGAUUAAAGACAAAUAUACUCACAAAAAGAAUACCCAGAAACAUUAAUUCAUCUGCUAUAUUAAUGGUUUUAUCUUUUUAUUUUGUAGUUUGAUUGUUUUUUUUUCUUCUUUUUUAAUCAUGUUCUUGAUAUUCUUUUUGUACAAUAUUAUUAUAUGAUAGAUAUAUAGUUUUGUUUAUGUAUAGCUUUGAUACUGUUAUAAUAUGAUUGGAUUCUUGGA